AUGGCAGACUCCGUCGAUAUUGAGAAAGCUGAGGAACGGAGACUGGAGGAGGCUCCAUCUCAGACGAGCACUGAACACAAGUUCGGCCCGGAUAUCGACCUCACCACGUUCCACGAGCGCGUCGCCGGACGCCUCGUCGUCGAUCCAGAGGAAGCGCGGAUUGAGUUUGGGGACGAGAUAGCCUCUCGGCUGAAGCUGUCCCGGGACAGGAAGAAGGUCCUUUGGCCUCAACCUACCGACGACCCGGAGGACCCUCAGAAUUGGAGUGACGGACGCAAGGCAAUGCAGCUGUUCAUUGUCACCGUAGCUGCGGUGAUUCCCGACUUCGACUCGGGAGUUGGCAUCGCUGCGCUGUUCGCUCUCGCAAAGCAGUACGAUACGACCACGGGCGUGAUAAACAACCUUACGUCAAAUUGGAGUAUCUUUCUCCUGGGUGCGUGUUCCCCGCUUUAUCUGCAGACGAUAUUUCAUUCUUACGCUGUGUUCGCACUUGCAUUCAUGGUUGGCUGUACGUUCGCACCAAAUCUGAAGACCUUCGCAGGUGCGUUCCGUCCCUUCACAGAAUUCACUAAAUCAAGGCUAACACGAAGAUACAUACUUCUAGCCAUGCGAUGUCUUACCGCAUUUUUUGGGUACGUCCCUACUCUUUCCGGUCUUUAUGUCGUAACCGACCUGUACCCAUUCCACUUGCAAGCUCGUAAGCUCAACCUGUGGACUAUGGGCUUCAUCAUCGCGCCAUUCCUUUCUCCAUUUGCCUUCGGCUUCCUGGUAGCACGAGCAGAUUGGCGCUGGUCGUACGGCGUCGCGUCCCUCUAUGGGGCCUUUGUCGUGUUCAUGAUUUCCUUCUUCGGCGAGGAGACAUUGUAUGACCGUUCCGUCCAGCCCAUUCCGCCCCGCCCCGGCAAAUCCCUCUCUUCCAGGGUAGCAACCUUGGUCGGUAUUACGGGAGGCCGCAUGGGCAAGUAUCGACCGACCCUGCUCAACGGGCUCCUUUCGCACGUCGACUGUAUCUGGCGCCCGCACCUGCUCAGCGUGCUGGUGUUUGAGGGAAUCCUCUUCGGCUUCGGCGUGGGCAUCAACGUCACGAACGCUGUGUUCCUCGGGACGCCUCCGCCGGUGGGCUACGGGUUUAGCCAGUACGGUAUCGCAGCCGGAUACGCGACGCCUAUCGUUGCAGUCGUCAUCGGCGAGCUUGUAGGCCGGUAUACGAACGACUGGAUCCAGAACGCGAGCAUCCGGAAACAUAACGGCGUCUUUGAGGCCGAGUACCGACUGUGGGCAUGCUACAUCGCGAUCCCGCUGUACAUCUGCGGCUUCGUCCUGCUCGGCGCGUCCUUCCAGAAUCACAUGUCCGUCGGCGCGCUCGUCAUGGGCUGGGGGAUUGCGCAAGUUGCGAUUAUGAUUAAUACGGUGGCGAUAUAUGCCUACUGCAACGACUGCUUCCCGAAGCAACAGGGCGAGAUCAGCGCGCUCAUCAACCUAUCGCGCGCCCUCGGCGGGUUCGCGGUGCCCUUCUUCCAGGUGCCGUGGGCGGAGAGCUACGGCGCUCUGGAAGUAUUUGGAUGCGAAGCUGCGAUUGUCUCGGGGCUGUUUCUCUUGAUCGUGCCUGCAUUGCAGGUGAAGGGCGCAGAUUUGAGGGUAAGUGCAAGCAUUAUUCGCAUGUUGUGGGCUCUGAAUGUCGUGUCGUGA